CACCGGAAAGCUUGCACCAUGAGCGGGCGCGUCGGAGAUCUCACCGAUCAGCAGAUGACUGCGUUGGACGAGCUGAGGACAAAUGUGGACGACAUUCUGAGGCCGAGUCACGACGAUUAUUUUCUUCUUCGAUGGCUCAGAGCUCGGAACUUCAACGUUGCACAAGCGGAAUCCAUGUUACGAGAGAAUCUUCAGUGGCGGAAACAAAACAGCGUGGACACAAUACUGGAAGAUUUUGAGCCGACAGAGGUUCUAAAAAAAUAUUAUCCGGGCGGACUAGUAGGUCACGACAAAGAGGGCUGUCCCUUGUGGAUCAUUCCCUUCGGUUACACGGACAUCAAAGGCUUGUUCUAUUCCGUCAAGAAGUCAGACUUCAUAAAACACAUCAUCCAGCAGUUGGAGUUCAGUCAACAGGACAUGUCUGCCCAAACCGAAGCUCUGGGCAAGGUUAUAGAAAUGCACAGCUUCAUAUUUGAUUUGGAAAACUUCAACCUGAAACAAAUCGCUUGGAAACCGGCUCUAGAUAUGAUCAUUAAUUUGGUGACUAUGUACGAGGACAACUACCCUGAAAUGCUCAAGAAAGCUUACGUCAUUAACGCGCCAAAAAUCUACCCCAUCAUCUACAAUAUGGUCAAGCCCUUUCUCAGCGAGGAGACAGCGAAGAAGAUACAUGUUUUCGGCAAAGACAACUGGAAGAAGGCCCUGCUGCAAGACAUCUCUGAAGAGGAACUGCCGGUGCACUGGGGGGGCACCAAGGCGGGUCCUGAUGGCGACCCACGCUGCACCCACAUUGUGGGGACUGGUGGCCCCGUGCCGUGCUCGUACUACACGGCGCCAUCGCGUAGGCUGUCGUCGGACCGCGACCUGCAGAUGUGCGUUGUGGAGAAGAAGUCUGCCGUGCCCCUGAGCGUGGAGGUGGCCGAGGCCGGCUCCAUCCUGCGCUGGGAGUUCCAGACGGAGAACUACGACAUCGGCUUUGGAGUCUUCUUUGCCCCACCGGACGACGGCAAGCUGCAGGAGCUGGUGGCCAUGACCAGGGUCAACUGCCACCUGGUGCCCGAGGACGGCAUGCUCGUCUGCUCGCACCCGGGAAAAUAUGUUCUGAAAUUCGACAACAGCUUCAGCUGGUACCGCAGCAAGAAGCUUCUCUACCACUUCCAGUGUGUACUCGCUCCAAAUCGAGUGACAUCUAUGUGCUGCAGUGACUUGUUGCAAGGAAACGGCAAUGGCACUGUGAUCUUCGGAAAGGAAACUCUAAUGUUACCUUUGAUGCAAUAAAGUGUUG